UACACAUCUUCAAUGGCCACUUCACAACUCUUACCUUUAGAACUUAUCGAUAAAUGUAUUGGAUCCAAAAUCUGGGUGGUUAUGAAAAAUGAAAAGGAAUUCACAGGCAAAUUAUUAGGUUUUGACGAUUAUGUUAAUAUGGUAUUAGAAGAUGUAACAGAAUAUGAAAAUACUCAAGAUGGAUAUAAGAUUCACAAACUGGAUCAAAUUCUAUUGAAUGGCAAUAACAUUUGUGCGCUUAUUCCUGGAGGCACUGGACCUGUAUAAGGAACUAACAACAACUAUCAAUGAUGGACUAUCAGACAAACAUAUAGAUACUGUUCAUGUAGUAUUUUUUUUAUUAUUAUUAUUAUUUUACUGAAUAAACAUUUUAUUUCAUUUC